AUGCAAAGCUGCCCACACAUAAAAGACACCGCUUUGAAAGAAGUCAAGUUUGAUAUCGUUCGCCCCUCCCCCAUUGACAUGCCUGCUAUAUCCUCAGGUAAGGUGCUCGUCACCGGUGCAAAUGGCUAUAUCGGGAUAUGGAUUGUACGCACUCUCCUUGAGAAAGGCUACAGUGUGAGAGGCACAGUUCGUUCCGAGAGUAAGACGGAACACUUGCGCAACACCUUCGCCUCGUACGGCGACAAGCUUGAAUUUGCUGUCGUGGAGGAUAUCACAAAGGAAGGCGCGUUCGACGAUGCAGUCAAAGGGGUAGACGCGAUCGAGCACACCGCCUCACCUGUUUAUGCAACGGCAGGGGACCCGGAAGAGAUGAUACGGCCUGCUGUGGUCGGAACCACGGGCAUACUCAAGUCCGCAUUGCAACAUGGUACCAGCAUCAAACGCAUCGUCUACACUUCGUCCUGUGCCACCAUUAUAACUGUGCAAGACACGCCGCGGGAAUUCUCCGAGGCAGACUGGAAUGAAAAGUCCAUCGACGAGGCAAGAGUGAAGGGUAGAGAUGCAGCCCCUACACACAAGUACUAUGCAAGCAAGACUUUGGCGGAGAGAGCUGCAUGGGAAUUUGUAGAGAGAAAUAAGGAGACGAUUGGCUGGGAUCUAGUCACUCUCAAUCCGCCGUUUGUGUUCGGGCCGACGAUACACGAAGUAAAUAGACUGGAGGGCAUGAACGCAAGCAUGAACGAAUGGGUCAAGAACGUAUUGAACGGAGUCAAGGACACGAAGCAGCUGUCUGAUAUAGGGCUGUCCUCGGUCGACGUGCGAGACGUAGCGGAAGGACAUGUCCUCGCGCUCCAGAAGGAAGAAGCAGGGGGUGAGCGCAUGAUCCUUAGCGAGGGUCCACACAAGUGGCAGGAAUGGGUAAACGCCGUACGAGAGCAUAACGUCGAGGUUCCCGUGGCUGGCGACGCGUCCUUCGAUCCGACCAAGGCAGCUCAUCAUACGUUGUACGACGGGUCAAAGGCGAAUCGGCUGCUGGGGAUUAGAUAUCGGACGUUGAAGGAGACGACACGAGACCUCGUUGAGGACUGGAGGAUGAGAGAGUGGAUCUGA